AAACACCAUAGCCACAACACAAGCUCUCAUNUUUUGCAUACAAUUGAAAUCAAUCAUGAUUACAAGUUCAAUUAAUAUUUUCAACAUUUUGCUCAUACUUUUUUGCUUGGCCAUGACAAAUGCACAGCCUUUAGUCCCUGCACUAAUCAUAUUUGGGGACUCUGUGGUUGAUGUUGGCAAUAACAACAAUCUCGAAACCAUCGUCAAAGCCGAUUUCCCGCCUUACGGUAGAGAUUUUAUCGAUCACAAACCAACCGGCAGAUUUUGUAACGGCAAACUUGCCUCGGACUACACCGCUGAAAACCUGGGUUUUACCUCAUAUCCACAACCCUAUCUCAGCAAGCAAGCCACAGGCAAAAACCUAUUGAUUGGAGCUAACUUUGCUUCAGGCUCUUCCGGUUAUUAUGACACUACUGCAGAAAUCUAUAACACGAUUCCUUUAAGCAAACAGUUAGAACUGUACAAAGGCUACCAGAGGAAACUCGUUGCGCUCGUCGGAAAAUCUAAUGCCACAUCAAUAGUUAAUGGCUCUAUACAUUUUGUGAGUGCUGGAAGCAGUGACUUUGUUCAGAACUAUUAUAUCAAUCCUCUGCUGUACAAGAAAUAUAGUACCGAACAAUUCUCGGACAUUCUCUUGCAGUUUUAUACCAAAUUUGUGAAGGAGUUGUAUAGCUUGGGAGCAAGAAGAAUUGGAGUCACGACAUUGCCUCCGCUUGGAUGUUUGCCGGCAGUGAUUACAAUAUUCGGAGAGGACAGUAACGAAUGUGUCGAGAAGAUUAACAAAGCAGCAAUUUCGUUUAACAAUAAGCUCAACAUUACUUCACAAAAGCUUCAAGCCAACCUCUCGAGUCUCAACCUUGUCGUUCUUGACAUAUAUCAACCUCUUCUGGAUCUUGUCACUAAGCCUACCGAUCACGCCAUGAGCGUUUUGUGGCUGAAGAAAAUAAUGGGAGUGGAAUUUCUCGGAGCUUUUGGUUAA